AUGAGCGUUUUUAAUAGGACAACGGCGAUGUCGCUGCCAAAACUCAGCAGCCAAGACGAGGAUGGACCGACCCCCCAUGCAUUCACUGGAGUUGUUCACUUUGAACCAAUUCCGCACGAUCACGAUUUUUGUGAAAGGGUUGUUAUUAAUGUGAGUGGUUUAAGGUUUGAAACGCAAUUAAGAACGUUAAAUCAAUUUCCGGACACGCUCCUGGGUGAUCCUGCAAGGCGGAUACGUUAUUUUGAUCCACUUCGGAACGAAUAUUUUUUUGAUCGGAACCGUCCAAGUUUCGACGCCAUUUUAUAUUAUUAUCAAAGUGGCGGAAGACUGAGGAGACCGGUCAACGUCCCAUUAGAUGUUUUCUCCGAAGAAAUCAAAUUUUACGAAUUAGGCGAACUGGCAACAAAUAAAUUCAGGGAGGAUGAAGGAUUUAUCAAGGAAGAAGAGAAACCGUUACCUUCUCACGAAUUCCAGAGAAAAGUUUGGCUUCUCUUCGAGUAUCCGGAGUCAUCGCAAGCAGCGAGAGUCGUUGCCAUCAUCUCCGUCUUUGUGAUCCUUCUUUCCAUUGUUAUUUUUUGCCUGGAGACUCUACCAGAGUUCAAGCACUACAAUGUGUUCAAUACGACGACCAACGGUACAAAAAUAGAAGAGGAUGAGGUGCCGGAAAUAACGGACCCAUUCUUUCUAAUAGAAACUAUAUGUAUUAUAUGGUUCACAUUUGAACUCUCGGUGCGCUUCCUGGCUUGUCCGAACAAACUAAAUUUCUUCCGUGACGUUAUGAACAUCAUUGACAUAAUUGCUAUCAUUCCGUAUUUCAUCACAUUGGCCACGGUGAUGGCGGAGGAAGAGGAUAAACUCAAGCUGCCCAAAGCCCCCGUCAGUCCGCAAGAUAAAAGCACAAAUCAGGCCAUGUCCUUAGCUAUACUCAGAGUAAUUAGGUUAGUGAGAGUGUUUCGAAUAUUCAAGUUGUCGCGGCACUCCAAAGGAUUGCAAAUCCUUGGACGAACAUUAAAGGCCUCCAUGAGAGAAUUAGGAUUGCUCAUAUUUUUCUUGUUUAUAGGUGUUAUACUGUUCUCAUCGGCGGUGUACUUCGCAGAAGCUGGUUCCGAUCAGUCCUUCUUCAAGUCUAUUCCGGACGCCUUCUGGUGGGCCGUCGUGACGAUGACGACCGUGGGCUAUGGUGACAUGAGGCCAGUUGGAGUUUGGGGAAAAAUUGUCGGUUCCCUUUGCGCCAUUGCCGGUGUUCUUACCAUUGCGCUUCCCGUGCCUGUUAUUGUCUCCAAUUUCAACUACUUUUAUCAUAGGGAGACGGAUCAGGAGGAGAUGCAAUCGCAAAAUUUUAAUCACGUCACUAGUUGUCCGUAUCUUCCCGGUACUUUAGGUCAACAUCUGAAAAAGAGCUCAUUAUCUGAAUCUUCGUCUGAUAUGAUGGAACUUGAUGAAGAUAUACUUCUGACAAGUGACGUCACAAGUAAGACGAAAUUGAACUGCAAUCCGCGCCACAAUAAUAACUUGAAUGGAAGAACGAAAAAUAUAAAUAAACAAUUCUAUUAUAAAGAAGUGGGGGGCAACGAUGGGUGGGGAGAGGGGUAUGGAAGGCGAGCUUGGCCCUGGUGGCAGCCUGCACGUGGAGCUAAAGCCACUGCAGCAAUAACUUCACGCUACAGCGCCUAUUCAUAG